AUUCCCACUUAAAAAAUAAACCAAAUUCAGGAAAUGCGAGGGAAUUUAUUGUAGUUCAUAUGAGUAGGUAGUGGCAUACAAGAAGGAGAAGAUGGAGAUGAUCAAGUUCUUAAUUAUGAAUAUAGAUUAAAUUCAAUAGACAGGGGAAAACGACAAAUUUAAAAUUUCCCUCGUUUUGAAUAUGAAGCUUUGAAUGAUCGAAGAAGAGAAGCUUGCACCAAACAACAAGAUAAGGAGACAAAUUCACCCGCACUCUCUUUCAUUCACUCUUUCUUUUCUUUCACACUUCCUCUCACUAUAUCUUCCUCCACUUUCAAAUCCAAUUACAUACACAAAUUCAAGAAACAAUGGCUAAUUUACCAUUUCCUACAGCUAAAUCAAAUUCCAGAUUCAGUUCAACCUUCAUCGAUUUCAAUUACGGAACCGCUCAUUCAAAGCUUUUCUUUAUUAGAUCACCCCAACGUUUCAGUCGUUCAAGAACUAGAACUCUUUCUGUCAAGAACAUUGCCAGUGAUCAAAGGCAGCAGGACUUGCAAGAACACAUCACUCAAGGAGAUUCUUUGGCUUCAUUCAUUCCCGAUUCAGCCUCUAUUGCUUCGAGCAUCAAGUACCACGCUGAAUUCACACCAUCUUUCUCUCCUGAACACUUUGAGCUCCCCAAGGCAUUUGUUGCAACUGCAGAAAGUGUACGCGAUUCGCUUAUUAUAAAUUGGAAUGCUACGUAUGACUACUAUGCAAAGAUCCAUGUGAAGCAGGCAUAUUAUCUGUCAAUGGAAUUUCUACAGGGAAGAGCAUUGCUAAAUGCAAUUGGUAACUUGGAGCUAUCUGGGGCUUAUGCAGAGGCUUUGAAAAAGCUGGGUCACAAUUUAGAGGAUGUAGCUAGACAGGAGCCAGAUGCUGCACUUGGUAAUGGAGGCCUAGGGAGGCUUGCUUCCUGCUUUCUUGAUUCCUUGGCAACACUAAAUUACCCUGCAUGGGGAUAUGGACUUAGAUACAAAUAUGGUUUGUUCAAACAGCUUAUAACAAAAGACGGUCAGGAGGAAGUUGCAGAAAGUUGGCUUGAGAUGGGUAAUCCCUGGGAAAUUGUAAGAAAUGAUGUCUCAUAUCCUGUGAAAUUCUAUGGUAAAGUCAUCUUAAAGCCAGAUGGAAGUAAAGAAUGGAUCGGAGGAGAAAACAUAUUGGCAGUUGCCUAUGAUGUCCCAAUUCCAGGGUACAAAACUAAGACUACAAUAAACCUUCGGUUAUGGUCCACCAAAGUUUCACCACAAGAAUUUGAUCUUAGUGCUUUUAAUACUGGAGAUCAUGCCAAAGCAUAUGCAGCCGUAAAGAAUUCUGAGAAGAUUUGCUACAUAUUAUACCCUGGAGAUGAAUCAAUAGAGGGCAAGACUCUUCGAUUGAAGCAACAAUAUACUCUAUGCUCUGCAUCUCUACAAGAUAUAAUUGCUCACUUUGAGAGAAGAUCAGGGGAAGCUGUGAAAUGGGAAAAUUUUCCUGAUAAGGUUGCAGUACAGAUGAAUGAUACUCACCCAACUCUUUGCAUACCAGAACUAAUCAGAAUCUUGAUGGAUGUCAAAGGUUUGAGUUGGGACAAAGCUUGGAAUAUUACUCGAAGAACUGUCGCAUACACAAAUCACACAGUUCUACCUGAGGCUCUGGAGAAAUGGAGUUUGGACUUACUUCAGGAAUUGCUUCCUCGACACAUAGAGAUCAUUAAGAUGAUUGAUGAAGAGUUGAUUCAUACCAUAAUUGCGGAGUAUGGCAUGGAGGAUCUUGACUUGUUGGAGCAAAAGCUGAAGGAAAUGCGAAUUCUUGAUAAUGUUGAGUUGCCAGAGUCAGUUGUACAAUUGCUAGUUAAAUCGGAUAAAAGUUUUGCUGUUGAAUCUGUAAUUGAGGAUAUUGAAGUUGAAGAUUCUGAACAAGAAACUAAAUCAACUGCCGAAGAUAAACAUACGGAAGGGAAGAAAGAUGAGGAGGAGGAGGAGGAGGAGGAAGAAGAAGAAGAGGAAGAGGAAGGGGAGGAGAAAAAUGAAGUGACAUUUAAGGUAGAUCCAGCACAACCAAAGUUUGUUAGAAUGGCGAACCUAUGUGUUGUUGGUGGAAAUACAGUAAAUGGGGUUGCUGAGAUUCACAGUGAAAUAGUGAAAAAUGAAGUUUUUAAUGAUUUUUAUAAGUUGUGGCCUGAGAAAUUUCAGAACAAAACAAAUGGAGUCACACCAAGAAGAUGGAUUCGCUUUUGCAAUCCAGACCUCAGUAAAAUCUUAACCAAAUGGAUUGGAACAGAUGAUUGGGUCCUAAACACUGAGAAACUCAUGGCACUUAAACAGUUUGCAGAUAAUGUGGAUCUCCAAACUGAAUGGAGGGAAGCAAAAAGAAAGAACAAGAUGAAGGUUGCAGCUUUCCUUAAGGAAAAAACUGGAUAUACUGUUAAUCCAGAUGUAUUGUUUGAUGUUCAGAUAAAGCGCAUCCAUGAAUACAAGAGGCAGCUGUUAAAUAUAUUGGGAAUUGUUUACCGAUAUAAGCAGAUGAAAGAAAUGAGUGCUGAGGAAAGAAAAGAAAGGUAUGUUCCUCGAGUGUGUAUAUUUGGAGGCAAAGCAUUUGCAACAUAUGUCCAAGCCAAGAGGAUCGUGAAAUUUAUUACUGAUGUUGGAGCUAUUGUUAACCAUGAUCCAGAGAUAGGUGAUCUUUUGAAGGUUGUCUUUGUUCCUGAUUACAAUGUCAGUGUUGCAGAAGUAUUAAUUCCUGGAAGUGAGCUUUCUCAGCAUAUCAGUACUGCUGGAAUGGAGGCUAGUGGAACGAGCAAUAUGAAGUUUGCAAUGAAUGGCUGCCUGCUUAUUGGAACCUUAGAUGGUGCAAAUGUUGAAAUAAGAGAAGAAGUUGGAGAAGAGAAUUUUUUCCUGUUUGGUGCAAGGGCCCAUGAAAUUGCUGGCCUAAGGAAGGAAAGAGCAGAGGGAAAGUUUGUGGCUGACCCACGAUUUGAAGAGGUGAAGGCAUUUGUUAGAAGUGGUGUUUUUGGUUCCUAUAACUAUGACGAACUCAUGGGAUCUUUGGAAGGAAAUGAAGGUUAUGGCAGAGCUGACUAUUUCCUUGUUGGCAAAGACUUCCCUAGUUAUUUGGAAUGCCAAGAGAAGGUUGACGAGGCUUAUCGAGAUCAGAAAUACCUAAUGCUGUUAUUCAUAUUGGAGCAGAAAUGGACAAGAAUGUCGAUUUUGAAUACGGCAGGAUCAUUCAAGUUCAGCAGUGACCGAACAAUUCGUGAAUAUGCAAAAGACAUAUGGAGGAUUGAUCCUGUUCUAUUACCUUAAAUUGGUAUAUGCCAGAUGGGAGAGGUGCAAACUCUUAUUUCCCAUUGUCAGUGUAAUAUCUCAGACUAUAGGAAUUUUUGGGAUUGGAGAUGCAGUUAGGCUUUCCAAGCUCUGAAAAGAGUAGUGUAUGACAGUAGAAACUAGUAACUGAAACCAUUUGUGCUAAGAAAGUACAACCUUGAAUCUCGCUGCUCACGAGAGUCGAGUUUUACUUGAUGACUCUUGCACAGGACAUUAUUGAAAAUCCAAAGAAAAGAGCUUCUCAUUUUUCCUUUC